AUAUAUAUAUUUUCUACGAAGCGAUGAUUCACGUUGAUUUGAUAAUUUCACGAACUUAGUUAGCUUUGAAAUAGGAAAACUCCACUGUUCCAAGAAUUGUACACAGAAGCACGAUAUCAAUGUUGUUCCGUACUUGCAAAUUGAACUACUCGAAAGAUAAAUAGAGACGAAACCUACACAGAGGCAACGUGUCUUCAUUGUUACUUAACGUUCAUCGUCGCUUUCGAAACGUGACUAGACAACAUUUAUCUCGAUAAGACACCCAACGUAUGAACCUUUUCCAUUUUACUUCCAUUGCUCGACCUACCGAGCACAUUCCAUAAAAGCUGAUCGAACAUCCCACCGGACACCACCUAUUUUCAUCUCUAAAACUACCUUCGAAUCACGAAAUUUUCCACUCGAAAUGCAAUUUCUUUCAUUCGGGGGAAUUCGCUUCGUUUCCUACUAAUUGCGUGCCUUUGGUUAAUCCUCUCUAAUGAGUAUUUUCAAAGAAGUCUUUCGCGUCGUAAUGUUGCCAGAAGGGCAAUUGUUAACGCCUAAAAAUAAGAGUAAAUUGUACGCUUUACGGUAAUGUAGCAAUAAAUCACAGUAAUUCAUAGUAACACAUAUAUAUAGCAAUAAUUAGUAUAUACAAUUUAAAUUUCUAAAAGUAAACCACUGCAAACCUACAAAGUUUCCACGAAAAGUUAUGAAUUUUGAUUAUUACAAUUUCUCGAUAGGGAGGAUCGUACCUUUGGCGACCGUUUGGAGGAUAAUCCCGAAACAAGGUCGGGAACGUGUUACAGAUAUGAUUAUCGUCGGUACCGUGGACUAAGUUUGCCAGGCGAGGGUGAAAAAAAAAAGAGAACGAGAAGAAACGAUCGGGGGCAGUUUCAUCGAUUAACCACGCGCUAAUUAACGUUUCACUUAACAACCAGGUGAAUGGAGUCUAACGACACGAUGGAAAGAUCCAGAAUCUUGUUCUGCGAUGUUCAACGCGAGAACAAAGAGACAGCUGCAACGAUGAAAUAUAAAAUGGAAAAAUAUCGAGAAAUCGAUGAAACGUUUACGGACCUCGCCUGAUAAAUGCAUCGCGUUCUUGACCGGUCAUCGAGGAGACGCGAGAGAAGGGAAGAAGCGUCGCUUAUUAAAAGAUGAAUCCACACGCCGCCAGCAAAGCGUAUUGAUCUACCCUAUGCGCGAAUUUAAAGGCUUCCUCGAUUGCGAAAAUUAUUUUAGUUUCUCCCGUAACGUUUCCCCUUCCAACGAUUCGCAAUUCGCUCGAAUAAACGAUUAAUCAUGCCCGAUUGCUUCGCUCGUCAAUUUUCGACGGUUUUAUUUCGGGGAACGACCAGCUGCGAGUGUUCUUCGAGUUCCACUUUCCUUCUAAACGAGAACUACGUACACGGAUGAGAAACUGUUACAAGGUUCCUGGUCGUUGAGACACCGCGAGAGAAAUUUCAGAGUUACUUUCCGCGAUUCUGUGCAAGCCGCGAACGAGUGACCCGGUCGAAGCGUUAAAGAUGCACGCGCGUCUUGGAGCGAAUAGUUUCGCGGCGCAGACUCGUCCCGCUAAUUUACCAGCACGCGUUCAUCAUUCAGGCGUCCAGGAAGUUUUCCAGCGAUAUUAAAGCAAGCAUGUCGUUCCACAUAUUAAACACGUUCCGCCGGCGACCGUUCGUAGACUAUUGCCCGAGCAGCGAAACGAAGGAACGUCGACUUUUAUAACUGCCAUAAAAUUGCGAUUUUCAAAGUUCAAAUCUUCCGAACUAAUAUAAAAGGAACUGGCGAAAAAAAAAAGAAGCAUAACCGGAGAUCUCUGUAAAAAUUGUAUUAAGAGGUAUUCCGAAAUGAUUAAAGUUCUAUUUAAAGUAUGCAAAUACAGCGCAUUAUUAAAUACGUUUCCGGAGGAAUAUUCAAACAGGUUGAAACGAGGAACGCUUGAUCCACGGUGAAGAGCCGCUCGAGGCGCGACCGUAAGGAAUAGAAGAACUCGUGCGAGGUCUCGAGCAGAAGGUAAACAGGUCGGCGUGGAAAUGGAAUCACCGAGAUCUCUCGGCUUUAAAGGAUUUCCCAGGCUGCCUGACCCGAAUGGAUCCUCCGAGGCUUCCUCGGUCGCGCCGGAUUUCUGGAUACAUAUAUUCUAUUAAUAUCGGAAGGUCGAUGUAUUUCUCGUACCGAGGUGAGAGAAACGUCGUUCGAUUCGCCACACGUCCUGAUGGGAUCUGUCUAGGUUCGAAGAAUUCUAAGAAGCUCGCACGAUCGCGUACGUUACGUGUAUCUAAUCUAAACUUACAUUGAAAUAUAAUUUCGCAGAAAAGAGGAGAAUACGUUCCGUGUAAAUAAUCCGUCUAACUCUAUCCUUUCCAUAACUCACGAUAAUGAACCUGAAAUAUUAUGUAAAUUGCGCUGUCUAACCAUUCGUAUUAAUCCAAGUUUCGCUCCCUUGCUUGGACCUGGAACCAACCGGCUGAAUUAUUCAAACGCACGAUCGUCUAAUUGAAUUUUCCCUUACGUUACGUCAUACUAACGAGCAGAAGAAUCGUGUAGCUCGAACGCACGUCAGGUUCGCGGGCGUUCUCCGAUUCGUCAACAAAAUAUUCGUCGGUAAUCACUCGAGGACGAAACACGAGUUGGUUGCGUGCCAGCGAGUAGUAAAGACAGCCACGGCUCAGACACGAUACGAAGAACCCUCCAAUUAAUUAAGCGGCGUACACAUCUACCGUUGGUAGUUUUGGUAAAAAAAAAAAAAAAAAAAAAAAAAAGAAAGGAAAGAGAGACGAAAUGGAAAAUGUAGCUGUUUCUUGCGUACUUUAACAAGCAGCCAACGCGACGAGAAGCGGGAUGGCCAUGCAAACGGAACAAACACGAGUUAUCCAUUAAUUCGGGGUGGUAAUUGCGGUCUUAAAAUCCCGGCUGGCUCGCGCCAAAAACUACCACGACGAUCGAACAAAAAGAAACGCGAAAAGGAACAACAUGCAUAGUGCUUGGCGAUAUUUGCCGAGCGUGAAAUUGCUUCUGGCUAGGGCAACAAAGAAAAAUGAAUUUUAAACUCCAGCUUUACGAGUUCUAUUCUUCCUUCGAAGAAAUCAAUUUCUGUUUAUUAGGGGGAUACCCAGCUAAUAGUAAUUACCAUGUUUUUAUCUUCGUUUUAUACAAACGUUCUGGCAAUCGCUCGUAGCAACGAAAUUACAAACGUUUAUAUCAAUCGAUAGUUUUAUAAAUACGACAGAGCUCACUGAAACCUGUAUACAGAUUUGUUUCGUCUAUUAAUUACGUUUUUCAUAUUCUUACGUAUUUAUGCAUUUUGUACCUUUAAAUUUCUAUUAAAUGUACAAAUAUUUGUAAGCUACGAGUGAUCGCUACGCUGUAUACAUGGCGAUACCUUUGACUCAUAAAGCGAUCGUAAUUAUCGCCAAGUAUGUUUCUUCGUCACGUACUUUACCCUUGUCGUAGAAUCUUCUUACAUUUUCAUUGCUUUCUUUGGCCAGCAAAGUAAACUGGAUGAGAGAGGCUUUGCUUCCAUAAAUAAAUACGUAGAAAUGGGUCACGAAGUGGCCUACAAUUAAUCGCAAACAAAAAUAGGAAAAAUGUAGAGAGAAAAUAGUAAUAAAAGGAAAAAAAAAACAGCGUGAUACAGGUCCAAGAAAAAGGUAGAUGCCAGGCUGGGGUAAAUCGACUGGAGGGGUGGGUGGUGUCUAGCCGCUGUACUCAACCGGCCGCAUAAAAGGGCUGCUAACGAAGCUCUGAUUGCAGGCCGAGCGAUUUCGAUUGGACCGUGAUAAAAAGUCAGCGUGCAAGGUGUCCGAGCAUAGGGCGGCUGCUGUAAAAGCGUACUAAAAAUAUAAUGCUUGCUCGCGUCGCGUUGGCGUGAAACCGCGUUUUGUUCACGCGGUGUGUCUAUCGAUGUGACCCCGAUACAAGUACGCAGCUCUAGAAAAAAAAAAACACAAGCCCGCUUUUAUUGUUCGCAAUAAACUGGCAACGCCCGACGAGGGUAUAAUCUCCAUGUUCCUCGUUGUCGCCAGAACGUCCGUAUUUCAUAGAUACGAGGACGAGUCGCGUUUAAAAUUAUAUUCGCUUAGAAAAAUUCUAAGAUAUUCGUUUCUUCUUUGUUUCUCUGCGAAACACGAAUAGGGGGAAUCGUUUUGUCAUCGAUCAGAGUUUCUAGCGAGAUGGUUCGUCGAAAUGCGUUUUAUCUUAGAGCGAUCUAUAAAAAAAAAAAAAAAAAGGAUGCAACGCAGAGUAGCUAUUUAUAAACCAGGGUACAUAGACGUUCCAUUUUCCCGGUGGCUUUCAAAGAAGCGCAGUCCCAAGGAUACCGUAUGCUUCACUACCUAAGGAAAACGUGUCACCUGCUGUUGAAAGUGCACUGUGACAAUUAUUGACUCUGAUAGCGACUACCGUAUUUGUAGAGGUUAACAGGGGGGUGGACUACUCGAAGAUGUUGAUACAUAUCGUCGUAAAAACUGGACAGAUAAAACUGGACUAAUAAAUAGUGGAGGAGGAAAGUUGGAAGUGAGCGAGCGAAAAUUUCCUCUGCGGAAUCUCGGAGAAUAUAGAGCGAGGAUUGGCCUAUUAUUUCUCGAGACUUGUCACGAGAACUGGAAGAACUUUCUUCUUAUUAAACCUCUGGGAACCCUUCCCCGGCAAUAGUAUCGCGGUGAUGUCUCGUGUUCGUAAAUCUACGCAUUUUAACCAGCUGUUAACGCAAUUCUGAAUUAUAUUUUUCAUCUGGAAGUCAGCUUAUUUCGCUCGGGCAGAAUCGAGCCGAACCUCUACGAUCUCAUCUACGACGGUAAAAUAAUUUGUCGUUGUUUUCUUAAGAAGAUCCGAUGAAAAUGUCGAGGAAGGGUUACACAGUUGUAAAAAGCAAGCAGCGGUGAGUUAAUUCGUUCUUUAGGGAUAGCUUAUGGAGGAAACGUCCGCGAAACAGCUGACUCGGUGCAAAACUACCAGCUAGCAGUCCAGACAGACAGAACGAAGAACAUCAUCCCCUUUAGAAGGGCUCCAGACAGACGAACCCUCCAGGCAACAGCCCUCUGUUCCCUCCCCGACAGCGACGACCGUCCCAUCGCCAUAGCAACCCCUUGGAUUCAGCAGCCAACCUAACCAACCGAUUUGCCCACACUCCCGGUCCCCUGUUCGUUGUUCGAACAUUUACAUCAAACACGACGUUUCUUUCUUUUAUUUUUUUACGCACUCGAAAUCAGGCAAUCCUUUGUUUCUUCGUUGCGAUACGCUCGCGUGUGCGAGCGGAGUGGCUGCGCAUCGGCGAUUUCAAUUUACCUUUCAUUUUUACGAUUGGGUAAAUGUUACGGUUCGUCGCGUGUACCGUUGUAAUUGGAAAGUUUCUGUUUCGCAGGGAUUGCCGGAUCAAUUGCGAAGAAAAGCUUAGACACCCUUUGUUGCCUCGUAUCAAAGAUCACGAUGUAGCUCGUGAAUCAUCGUCGGCGAUGCUAUACCGUUUUUCGUUGUCUUUGCUCCGUUUGUUUAACGUUUUCUGUGCUUUCUCUCUCCCGAGUUAUCAUUUCUUCUUCUUCUUCGACUUUAAGGAGAGAAAAGUUACUUAGAAUAAGUAACUUGGAAAAGUCUACCUCGUAGACGUAGUUUCUCCAAGCAUAAAAUCACGUCGCGAAUAAAAGAUUCUGCCUAUUCGCCUGCCAUUACAGAAACCACCGCUUCGAGGAUAAGUCAUGGCGUUCUCUGCGUGAAGUCGCGGGAUAGCUCAGCGGGCCGAAUGAUGGCCGCAAUUUCUGAAAUUGCCGCUACUUUUUUUUUUCGCUUCUCGUGUCUUCUGCUUCAAUUGCUUACGUCACGAAGCUGUUCUUUCUUCCACCUUCUUAAGACCACCGAACGCCAUCGAACCUCCGUCAGUCGCGUAUCGUAAUUCAUUCCUUUUUCGUCGAAAGCCAACGACAAACGCCACAAACAACGAAAGCCACUCGUCGGAUAAAAGAUUCGUGCGAAAGGAAAAAUGUUGUUCCCUGUAACGACGAAAGCUCUUCCAUUAUUAAGCGCUUUCACGGUGUCGAUCGUCGCUCAAGAUACAAAGACUACGGUGUUUCCGUUCGCCGGAAAUGGCUCCGUCCUGGAAUCACCGAGCAGAGAGGAAUCCGCGCUUCGACCGGAUAUGACGCGUUCUUCCGAGCUUCUCGCGCGUCCUCCCACUCUACCUGUACCUGUCAAUAAUUAUCUCCUCGCGCCGCAGAGAACGUUUAUUCAUCACAGGGGCGAAAACGUGCCGCCUUACGUGUACGAUAAUCCACAUUUCAGCUACCCAGUAGCGCACUCGAUCGAUUACCCGCUUGGACCAUCUUCGAAGCAGCUCGUAAUCGUCAGCUUCAUCGGUUUACUGUUGCUGUUCGCGGUUAUUCAGAACACGAUCGUGAACGCGAAGCGCAGAGACAUUUUGACGGACGUGCUGUCUGCCAGGAAAAAAAGAGAGCUGUAUGCUGCGUACAAUUUCGAUUCAGUGACACCGGAACAGGAAGACGUUCUCGAAGAAGACGCUAGGGUACGAUGUAUACAGAGAACCGUGUGCUUGGAGAAUCGGAAGCUCUCGAAAGCGUUCGGCGCUACCGGCAAGAUACUCGCCAAGUACUUAACACGAAGCGUGGAGAAAUCUUUGAAAUCGUCUUCUGGCUGGUUCCGAUUGGUACGGGAUGCCGGGGAGGCAGGGGUUCGCGGUGAGGAGUGCGAGGUGCUUUACAGAGGCUGCGACGAAGAAGUUUCCUCAGGAUCGUAGAGAAACACGCGAUCAACUAAAACACAAUCAGAAUAUGUACGUUGCAUGUAGAAAUAAAACAUACGAUAGUAAGAAGAAGAAGAGGGAUGCGUUUUAUUUUUUAUUCGCAGCUUUCCUGAUACCGCGUACAGUUGGCGGAUUAUCCAAGGGAUACAGUGACUGUAAUCUACGUUGCUGUGUCAUCUUUUGUGUCAUAUAAACUUUGUACGGAUACGUGGAAAGUAGUCAAAUUUAUUGAAAUAGUUACAGUUUACAAUUAUUAAACGAGAAAUAUAUUAUUAAACAAAAUGUAAAUACUUCCUACGGAUUAACGAUGAAAUAUAUUUAUGUAUAUGCUAAAUGAGAUAUAGAAAUGAAUAGUUAAAUAAAUUAAUAAAACGGUUAAAUAAACAAUGAUUCAGAAGGUUUUUUUUACUAAUUAUACGAUUAAAGUUAAAUACCUCGAGAGACUUUUGAUAAAAUUUAUUAUUAUUUAUUAUAUCUUGAUAGAAAAAAAUUUAGUGUUGGAUAGUAAAGAGAUUAGGAUGAAAGAUUUAUCAAAAUAUUUCUUCCCUUCCUUUGUUUCUUAACUUGUCCUCUUCUUAGAGAUAUACAAAUUUAUCCUAUUCAUUAAAAUAUCGUAAUACCGGAGAAAAUCCUUGGGAAUAAUCCCGAUGUACUACAGGUGGGAAGCAAUAAAAGUGUUGACAGACAGGGAAAAUUUGGAAAUUUCAAUGGGCCCUAUACUUGUGGCCUCUCAUGACUCAAAGUAAUUAAAGAAGGUGUACGUGAUCAUAAUUCACCUCCUUCCCCGUGCUAGAAAUGCCAAAAUCGUGGUAUAAAAGACAACUGUUAGUCAGUUGAAAGCACAGUGGUACUAAGACCUCCGCCAUGACUUGAAUAGCGAGACAGUUGCGAGUGAGUAGUGAGGAAGUUGCGAGUAGUUACAGGUGAAUCGUAAGUUGUAAUAAUCAAAGUUCGCGUAAGGUAACCGUUGCUUCCUGCUUAAAUUCCAAGAAAUAACUCUGCAGACAUCACUAACCAGAGAAGGUGAAAGUUUCUACAAAUUUUCGGUACUGGUCAAGAUUGAACAAAACAGGAAACGAAACAUUCGGCAGAACUGUUCGUGUAGCGAUAGUGAGCUGAAACGAAGUCGAAGCAUCUUCCACGACGAGCGAGUAACAAAACCCGGAUAACACCAUCGCCGAUGUCGAAGACGGGUGCAUUGCUAACCAUAAGCUAACGUGAUUCGAAACAAUGAAAUCGAAAGACGAACCUAUGCGACGAAGAUUAAAAACAAUUGGUGAAAAGGAAGAAUUGAAAGAGCGCCUAAGAGCUGCCAUCGCUUUGGAGAUGGAGCACGGCAAAGGCAAAGAAAACGAGGAAGAAGAAGUCGACAGUAGCACGUUUUAACAUUUAGAAACGUCACAAAGUUCAUGAGCACGUUCAGUGGUGUCGACAACGUCAAUGUGCAAAGCUGGUUGUUGGAUUUUGAGGAGAUGUGCGACCUUUCCUAUUGAACCGAUGUGCAGCGCGUAAUAUACGCGAAGAGGCUUUUACGUGCUUCGGCAAAAUUGUUGUUCCACUUCGAAAGGUGUUGUAAAAGUUGAAAAACGACGAAGAAAAUGCUGUGUACCGAAUUUGAGUAAAAAGUGGAUGCGUAGAAGGUGCAUAAAGACUUGUGUCGAGCCAAAAAGAAAACCGAGACAUACCAGGAGUAUGUCUACGAAAUGUUCGACAUAGUGAACCGAGUGAGUCAUACAAAAUCCGUAAUAAAAUA